AUGGCCCUCCUGCUCUCUCUACUGACAGCACUGGUGAUGCUCAGCUAUGGCCCAGUUCCAUCCCUGGGCUGUGAUCUCUCUCAGAACCACAUCCUGGCUAGUAGGAAGACCUCUGUGCUUUUGGGCCAAAUGAGGAGACUCUCCCCUUUCUUCUGUCUGAAGGACAGAAAGGACUUCAGAAUCCCUCAGGAGAUGGUGGACAGCAGUCAGCUGCAGAAGGUCCAGACCAUCUCUGUCCUCCACGAGAUGCUCCAGCAGACCUUCAACCUCUUCCACACAGAGGGCGCCUCUGCUGCUUGGAACACGACCCUCCUGGACCAACUCCACAAAGGACUCUCUCAGCAACUGGAUGACCUGGAGACGUGCUUGGUACAGGCAAUGGGAGAGGAAGAAGCUGCCCUGGCCAUUCAGGGCCCUGUACUGGCUGUGAAGAGGUACUUCUGGAGAAUCCGUCUCUAUCUGAAAGAGAAGGAAUACAGUGACUGUGCCUGGGAAGUUGUCAGAGUGGAAAUCAGGAGAUCCUUCUCCUUAUCAGCAAACCUGCAACAGAGAUUAGGAAGAAAUGAUGGAGACCUGGAUUCAUCUUGA